UGCAUGAUGUACGGCUUCGGGGACGACCAGAACCCCUACACGGAAUCGGUGGACAUUCUGGAGGACCUGGUAAUAGAGUUUAUCACAGAAAUGACACACAAGGCCAUGUCCAUUGGGCGGCAGGGCCGUGUACAGGUUGAGGACAUUGUCUUUCUGAUCCGCAAGGACCCCCGGAAGUUUGCCAGAGUUAAAGACCUCCUAACCAUGAACGAAGAACUGAAACGAGCCAGAAAGGCCUUUGAUGAAGCGAACUACGGAUCUUGA